AUGGCGGACGUCAGGCCAACCUCAGACAAAUUGUCAUCUUUUCAUGUCGAGGAGGCAGACCCCACCAUAGGCGCUGAAAAUGAAGUUGCCCAGGUGCAUACUAUGGGCACAGUGAGGUUGACUGAAGGGGAAAUUGUCUACAUUCCGACACCGACAGCGGAUCCUCAGGAUCCAUUGAACCUACCGAUGUGGCAGAAAUGUGUCAUUAUCGGUAUUAUCUCUGUCUUCUCAACCCUCGGUCUCUCUCUCGUCUCCGGAUUCGGUGGCCUAUUGGGCUUCUACAUCCCUCAGUAUGUAGCAGUAGGCAAGGAUUACAACGAUAUUACCAAAUUGAUGACAUACCCAUCACUAUUUAUGGGAAUCGGCAACAUCAUCGGCAUGCCUCUCGCUAUCGGAGUAGGCAGACGCGUCGUAUUUCUCGGCUCAACAGUGAUCUUAGUGAUCGGUGCAGCUCUUUGUGCUGCUAGCAGUACCUACGAAUGGCAGCUCGGAUUUCGAAUGGUCAUUGGAUUAGCAGCAGGACAAAGCGAGUCGGUCGUGCCUAUGGUAUCUCAAGAAAUAUUUUUUCUCCACGAGAGGAGUACAGCGAUUACUGUCCAGCUAGCAAUCCAGGCUAUCUUGACAUGUGUUUGGACGCUUUUUGCUAGUCCCAUUGCAGGCGCGAUCACACCGCAAUGGUGGUACGGCUUAGGUGCUAUCCUGAGCGGCGUACAGUUGAUUCUCACAUUCUUCUUUUUACCUGAAACCAAGUACGAUCGACCUUUGUCUUCUUAUCAGGAAGGGUCAUCCACGGAAGACUCCACGACCGAAAAUCCCGAUGGCUCAUCUGUAAAGCAUGAGGUGCCAGUUUGCACGAGCCGACCUCCCUUGGACUAUGUCAACUAUAAGCCACGGACAUGGAAGUCGGAUCUGCGUUUAUGGAUUGGAACCCCUGACUGGGCCGCAACCUGGAACGUUCUCAAGCAAACCGGCGAACUUCUACUCUUCCCUAACGUCAUCUGGGCACUACUCAUUAAUGGUCUUACUCUCGGAGCCAAUAUCGCUAUUGGAACAACUUACGGCUCUAUCAUCACAGCUCCACCAUACAACUGGCCUAACAGCAGCGCAUCCUACGCCAAUAUCGGCCAGAUAGUGACUGCCCUCAUAGCACUACCACUCCUAGGUCAAGGCUCGGAUUGGCUCAUCAAGUGCAUGGCGAAAAGAAAUGGCGGUCUACACGAGCCCGAAGUUCGCUUGAUCCCCUUGAUCAUUCCCGUUAUUGUCGGAACUUUUACCGCUGUCUUGUAUGGCCAGGGAGCCGCUCAUCCAGAAAAAUAUCAUUGGUUCAUCUACGUGUGGGCCGUUGCAGCGUACUAUUUUGCCUUUGUUGGCGCGAACAUCGCUUCUGUUACAUACCUAUUGGACAGUUACCCAGCUCGUGUAGGUCCAAUGUUGGUCAUUAUAUGUGCUUUUAGGGGUAUCCUUUCGUUCGGAACAAGCUAUGGAACUGCUCCUUUUAUUGCUAGUCAUGGAUAUGAUGGGGCUUUUGGAGCCUUUGGUGCGCUGACGGCUGUUUUGGGAUUGUUGGGUAUUCCGAUUUAUAUGUGGGGCAAGAAGAUUCGUCAUGUAACCGGUCGGUAUGCCAAAGAUUGA